ACAUUGAAGUUCUUAUCUGCCUUUCCUUUGGAUGAAGGCUGCAGUGGGCAGACACACCUGCACCCUCCAAAGAAACAGAGAAAGAGAGGAAGGAGAGAAAGAUAACAGCAGAGUAGAGAGUGAGAGAGAAGAGGAGGAGCAACACAGUGGAAAGAGAAACAGCCAGACUGCUCUACUCUCAUCUGUUAGUGGUUAUGUGGACAGCAACUAAAGAGAGCAGGCUGAAGAAACUUGACUUUGUCUCCAAGUGAAUGAUCUUAAACCAGCGUCUCUGAGAGCUUACUGGGAGCACAGACUGGUCUGAGAGUGAGGGAGCUGUAAGGUACCAUGGCCGACAACGUAAAUGAGGAGUCUGAUUAUGUCCCUGGGAAAGAUGAGCUGGACUGGGGCUACGAGGAAGGUGUAGAAUGGGGACUCCAUUUCCCAGCAGCCAACGGCGAGUACCAGUCUCCCAUUAAUCUCAACUCCAGGGAAGCCCCGUAUGACCCCUCCCUUCUGGAUGCUGGUUUAUCACCAAACUACGUGGUGUGUCGAGAGUGUGAAGUCAUCAACGAUGGACACACCGUCCGCAUCCUUCUUAAGUCCAAGUCAGUGGUUACUGGGGGUCCAUUGCCUAGUGAUCAUGAGUACGAGCUUCAUGAGGUUCGUUUCCACUGGGGCAAAGAGAACCAGAGAGGAUCUGAGCACACAGUCAACUUCAAGGCUUUCCCUAUGGAGCUCCAUCUGAUUCACUGGAACAGUACUCUCUUUAACUCCUUAGAGGACGCUCUGGGGAAGAAGAAUGGAGUCCUCAUCAUAGCACUUUUUGUCCAGAUUGGCAAAGAGCACCUGGGUCUAAAGGCCAUCACUGAAGUUCUCCAAGACCUGCAAUACAAGGCGAAGAGCAAGAUAAUCCCAUGUUUUAAUCCAAACACGCUCUUACCUGACCCGCUGUUGAGAGACUACUGGGUGUAUGAGGGAUCACUGACCACGCCUCCUUGUAGUGAAAAAGUCACCUGGAUACUCUUCCGCUAUCCCCUCACCAUCUCACAGUUACAGAUUGAGGAGUUUCGGAGGUUACGGUCGCACGUCAAGGGGGCGGAGCUACCUGAAGGAAAUGAUGGGUUGUUGGGGGACAACUUCCGCCCCACCCAGCCUCUCAGUGACAGGACGGUCCGCGCUGCCUUCCAGUGACUCUCCCUUUCCUGUACCAUCUAAGUAAAACUCUGGGACCUACAGAUGCAGAAACAAUGGGAGAGAAAACAGAGGAGUGAAGAGAGGAGUGGAAACAGGAAGAAGGAGGGGAAAUUAGUGUGAUAACAGACCCAAGGCAAACUGAACAUGGACAGAGGCUUUUAGUAUUACACCCUUAAUGUGUGUCAGCGCGUGUGUAGCCUUCUUUUCCUCUAACGUUUCUCUCUCCUCCUAUUCUCUUUGCUGCUGGUUCGUCAUCCUUUUCAUGUGCAUAUUUGUCUUACCUAUGGUUUAGGCGCUGCUGUAUCUCCAUGCUAUGUGUGUGUUGUGACUAAAACGAUUGGAGGCUUCCACAAUCUGCUAAUCUUUGCUGCAACAACAGGAGGAAGUGUUGACCACAGAUGUUAAAGAGGCCAAAACACACACAGCUUCACACAUCAUGUUCUAUAUGCUUUGAUUCAUAUUUCCUCACUAACUCUACAUUUUAUCAGCUAAGAAUCAGCCUAUUUUUGUUCCUAUUAGGCCUUAAUUAAUAAAUUUAAAUAAAAACAAAUGUAUUUGGAAGGUAAACUGUGUAUAGAAAUAAAUUACUUUAAAAAUCAG